AUGGCCCGUGGAGGCAGCCAUAUGACCAGGGUUCACUACAAGGGCCAGCACGAUGACUACUUCGUCUUCCUCGACAGCCUCGAAGACUACAGGAGAUGGCUGAAGGACUCGUCGAUCCCGCUGGCACAAGUGGUGCGGACCUUCCAGAUUUUCUGCACACACAAGCACGGCAAUCAGGGAAUGUACGACCACGCGUCGAAUGCCGACCUCGACAACGAGUUUGGCACGCACGUGGAUGUGGAGGUUCUGGAGAAGGUUCUGCGUGCGGGCACAGUCACCGAGGGUCAUAUGGUUGAGCGCAAUGGUUUCAGAAAUGAUGCGAACGGCGGCUGG